UUACAGUGAGCAGAAAUUUGUGUCGUUCCUGAUUUUCAAUAAUACGCCAACAAACAUUUGUUUUUUGAGCAUGUCGUCGUAUAACCCGAUUGAAACAGAUGAUUCCUUCGACUUUUUGUUCAAAAUUGUACUCAUAGGAGACGCUGGAGUCGGCAAAACAUGUGUGGUACAACGUUUCAAGUCAGGGACCUUCCUCGAAAAACAGCACAGUACAAUCGGAGUGGAUUUCACCAUGAAGACACUACAUAUUGACGGCAAAAAAGUUAAGUUACAAGUUUGGGACACUGCUGGUCAAGAAAGGUUUCGUACAAUAACACAGAGCUAUUAUCGUAGUGCAAAUGGUGUUAUCAUUGCCUAUGACAUCACAAAACGAGAAAGUUUUAACAAUGUACCAAGGUGGGUUGAAGACGUAAAAAAAUACGCAGGCGCUAAUGUUAUGCAGAUGCUCAUAGGUAACAAACGUGAUCUGGAAAGCCUUCGAGAGGUCACAGUUUCAGACGCGAAAGCUUUAGCCCACCACCACGGGAUGCUUGAAAGUCUAGAGACUUCCGCCAAAGAUUCUACAAAUGUUGAAGAAGCUUUUGGGAAACUCGCCAAAGAACUGAAGAAAAGGCACGGAGGCAGCAUGUCGCUUGAAGCCGGAGACGAAUCGCCAAAUAUCUCACUUGACUCAAGGCGAGUUGACGGUAGUUGGGGUUGCUGUAGGUAGAAUGAAACUGACUUAUAAAACUUGAUAUUGACAUUCGGAUCUUGGUUUUGUGGGUGUUUUAGUCAUCAUGUCUUGGAUGAUGUCUUCCUUUUAUUUUAUACUACUACCUGUGUAUAUUUACCGUAUUUGGUCUAUUAGUAGUGCAUAUAAAUUAGAGAUUUUUCUAUGGUCAAUGCCAAUGCGAUUUUUGAUUU